GGGAGGGGGGGAAAUAGUUAAAAAUAGCAUAAACAGAGAUUUCGUACCGGACUGUCAUAGGCUGUAUACAAACUUUAUACACAAACGGUACUGGGACGAUACUAAGAACAAACAAAACAAAUCAGCGGAGAAAAACUCGUAAAACUCUGCUGUAUGCUUUGCGAAGAAGAAUCAGGGCAUGCUAAAUUAGUGACUCGGCGAUAAAAUAAAAUAAAAAUUGAUUGUGUCGUACCUUGCAAUAUUGAUACAAUUGCGCUUAUAAAACGAUAAAUGCGGUGAAAAUUGAUUUUUCGUGACAGGGAAGUUGCAUCGCUUCUUCUUCUUCUGUUAACUGGCACCGAUUGAACGAGGUAAGGUCCAAUCUCAGUGUUAAAGUUACGUCGUGAGAUGCUCAUUCGUGGCCAUUCGUCAUCCAAAGUCUCCCAAACGACAUAUAGAUAAUCUUUCAAUAUCCUGGAUCCACAAAACCCUCAUUCAAAUUGGAACGUACUUCGAGUACAACCGAGUACAUCCCAAAUGACAAUGAUGAACCAGCAAAAUCCGCAGCAACAACAAGUUGGAUCUUGGAUGCAAAUGCCACAGGUACCACCGAUAACCAUUCCAUGGAGCGUACCAGCCUUACAACAACAAGAAUUGAUUAGAUUUACUGGAGAUACCAGUUCUGGGCCAAUUCUUCACCAGAAAAGAAAAUUGGAAACACCGGAUGCUAUAGAUAUUUUCAUAUUCUUAAACAGGCAUCAAAGUAAGCAGUUUAUAACAGAAGAAAAAAUGACUGCACACUUCAAAAGUUUGCGCAUUAGUUCGAUUCAUGAAGCCGAAAGCUCAGUGCCAUCGACUUCUACACCAUCUUCCUCUUCGAGACAACUGGAUAUGGAUUUGGAUGUUGACGGAAGAAAUACAAUAAAUGGUGAACAACUGACAGGUGUACAUCCGAGGUUAGUCCUUUCAGAGGAACUCAAGCGAAUGCAAGAAGAACCUAUUUUGCCAACGACCCUUCUAUCUAAAUUAGAGAGGCCUUCCAUGGCUUUAGUUCUAUGGAAACCACCAAAUAGACAUCUUCGUAUCCUGUCAACAAGAGCUAUUUCAACGCCAAUCCCGAGUACAUCAAAUGACAAUAAUAAUAACAACAACAACAACAACAACAACAACAAUGAAACUACUCCCGACUUAAAUAAUGUAACAUCUAGUGCCCUAUCAGCAUUCGAGCCAAUGGAAUUGUGAAAAUCUUUAGACUAGUACAGCACACAUUUUAUCUUCAUAUAUAUUAAAAAUAACAAAUAUAAAUAUUAUAUUACUCUAAAUUGAAAACAUUUCAAUAAUAAUGUAAGAUAUAAAGUAGAUUAGAAUAAGGGAUGAAACUAUCAAGCUUUGUAACAUGACUUAUCUCCUAUUUGUAUAAUAAUUGUUUGAAUGAUAAUUGGAGUGUGAAUUUGAAUGUG